UGGGACAUGAUGUUCACUGACUGUGUGCGUCCGUCCCUGGUGGAGAAAGAGGGAGGGAGGAAGUUAAGUCUGGAGGGCAGGUUUCAAGGAGCAGACCGUGAGACUGGAUGGAGGAGGAUAGUCAUUGUUAAAGCACUGCUUCCGUGGCAGUGGACGGGGCGGAUCCACCAGUGUACAUGCUUGGUGCACACAUGGUGUCAUAACAGACGCUCAGUUUUAGGCAGGAGGGCAGCAGAGCAGAGGGUCUGCAGGACGGAGCCGAGACCCAGCAGAGCGGACCGGGAAGGAUGCUCCGUUUCCAGCGCCCACACGCUUCGGUUCCCCAGUUCACCAAUUCCCCGACCAUGAUAGUGAUGGUUGGUCUGCCGGCUCGAGGGAAAACCUAUAUUUCUAAGAAGCUCACCAGGUACCUGAACUGGAUUGGGGUAUCAACCAAAGUGUUUAAUGUGGGGCAGUACAGAAGAGAAGCCACCCGUUCCUACAACAGCUACGAAUUCUUUAAACCUGACAACGCAGAGGCCAUGAAGAUACGCAACGCCUGUGUGAAGACGGCCCUAGAAGAUGUGAGUGACUACCUUACCAGAGACCAGGGUCAGGUUGCGGUUUUCGAUGCCACCAACACUACUCCAGAGCGCAGAGAGGUCAUCCUCCACUUUGGCAAAGAAAAUGGCUACAAAGUUUUCUUUGUAGAGUCAAUAUGUGAUGAUCUUGAAAUCAUUGCUGAAAAUAUCAAACAGGUGAAGCUGACGAGCCCGGACUACCUAGACUGUGACAAAGAAGAAGCUGUUGCAGAUUUCCUCAAGAGGAUUGAAUGUUACAAAAUGACCUACAUUCCCCUGGAUGACAACAAGGACAGGAGUUUAUCUUACAUUAAAAUCUUUAACGUGGGCAGCAGAUACCUGGUAAACCGGGUCCAGGACCACAUUCAAAGCAGGAUAGUCUAUUACCUCAUGAACAUCCACGUCACCCCGAGAUCCAUCUACUUGUCUCGCCACGGGGAGAGCGAACUCAACCUAGUGGGUCGAAUUGGGGGAGACUCUGGGCUUUCCCAUCGGGGGGCAAAGUUUGCCAGUGCUUUGGGUGCGUACAUGCGUGGGCAGAGCAUCAGUGACCUCAAGGUGUGGACGAGCCACAUGAAGAGGACCAUCCAGACUGCAGAGGCCCUGGGAGUCCAGUAUGAACAGUGGAAAGCCCUCAAUGAGAUAGAUGCUGGAGUUUGUGAGGAGAUGACAUAUGAGGAAAUUCAGGAACACUACCCUGAGGAGUUCGCACUGAGGGAUCAGGACAAGUAUCGAUACCGGUACCCUAAAGGAGAGUCGUAUGAGGACCUCGUCCAGCGCCUGGAACCGGUCAUCAUGGAGCUGGAGAGGCAGGAGAAUGUUCUGGUCAUUUGUCACCAGGCUGUCAUGAGAUGUCUGCUGGCUUACUUCCUGGACAAGAGUGCAGGCGAGCUGCCCUACCUGAAGUGUCCUCUUCACACCGUCCUGAAACUCACCCCGGUCGCCUAUGGGUGCAAAGUUGAGUCGGUCUUUCUCAACAUUGAAGCUGUGAACACACACCGAGACCGGCCGGAGAAUGUGGACGUGGACAGAGACCCGGAGGAGGCAUUGGAGACGGUCCCUGAGCACAUCUAGAGAGAUCUCACCUCAACCUCCAGAAGACAUCUUCUUUUUAAUUUAAAUAAUUCAUAUUUUUAGAAAACUAAAAGCUUAAUGACAAUGAAAGUUUUCUUUAAUGGCAUCUUAAUUCCAUUGUUAGUGCACUUUAUAUGGAAGGGUCCAAGAUGGGUCUGUAACUAAAUGACCUGCAUGACUGUUCGUCAGUAAUCUCUGUUUUACACUUCAUCACUUCACCCUGUGCUGUUGUACUGACUGUUGCGAUUUCAUUUAGACAGCAAUAAGUCGAGACGGGCCACUGUGUCACAUUUAACUGUUUUAGUGUUCUGAAAGACUGUUCUGAGCUCAAACUUCUCAGCAGAGCCUGAGAUUUACACUUCAGUUUUCCUCUCUGAAACCGAUGCUGUGGUUCUCAAUCCUAGUCCUCAGGUUCCACCGACCUGCAUGUUUUAGGUGUUUACCUGCUGCCAACAUUACUGACCUCAAUGAAUGGGUGAUUAACAGGCUUCUGCAGCACUUGAUGGCAUGUAGAGGAGGGGUGGCCAAGUCCAGUCCUGCAGAGCUACUGUCCUGCAACUUUUAGAUGCAUCUCUGCUCCAACACCGCUGAAUCAAAUGGCUCUGUUCCCUCAUCAGCAUUUAUUCAGCUCUUCAGAGGCCUGCUCACGAGCCAGAUAUUUGAUUCAGGUGUGUUGGAGAAGUGACGCAUAUAAAAGUUGCAGGAUAGCAGCUCUUGAGGCCUGGAUGUGGGCACUGCUGAGGAAAUGCAGUCACUUGAAUCCGCUGGCUGGAGCAAAGGCACAUCUAAAACAUGAAGGCUUGAGAACCACUGGGCUAAUGCACACGGAGGAUAGGGAACAUGAUUCUGAUUUAUGGUUUUAUAAACUGGAAUCAAAAUGUGGUUUGGUAGUAAGACGUCUACCCUCUGAAGGUGCUCAACACUUUUAUUCUAAUAAGACGACAUUAAAAAUGCAAUAAAUUCUCACCAUGAACAGCCAUGUGCUUUUUGGUAGCAUGCAGCUUCAUGUCUUCAUGUUCUGAAAAUGUUUAGCUGUUAAAUGUUCCAUCUUAACCCAGUUUAAACGUGGAUCUCCGCAGAAUUCUGCCUGUUUUAUUACCACCCAACAUUCCUUCAGUGUUUACCAAAUCCCAGGCCCUUCUGCCACCACCGUGCUUCAGUGAUAGGAAUGUGUUCUCGUGGAACCGUCACCAUUUACAAACGCUUGUGAAGUUGAGAAUAGGCUCAGCAGCAGUGGAUGGGCUACAACUGUAAUAAUUAUCAUAAAGCUGCUGUUUAUAUUUCCACCUGAAUAUUGUUGGAAGAAGAUGAGCGUUGUUACUUUUAAUUUAAUACCUUUCUAAGGAACUGCAUCCUUUCCUAACCCUGUGAAGUGUGAAGAGCAGGAGGCUGGCAUAGAUCUUUUUUUAUUUCAGCUUUUUAUCACAAAUUAUUAAGGCACAGACAGGUUUGAGAUUUAAUUCAGUUUAACUGAAAUGACCAGAUUUCAUUGUAAUUACAGAAAAAAAUAAACAAUGUUUCAUUUGA